AUGCCGCUCCUGACCCCCGCGCRCCACCUCCCGGGACUCCUGCUGAUCUGGUUGGUGCUGCUGCUGCCGCCCCCGGCCAGCCCUGGUCCCCUGGACCGCCCGGGCGUCCGGAGGCUGGGGACUCGUGGCCCCGCCGGCAGCCCSGGGCGCCGACCCGCUCCCACCCGCUCGCCCUAUUCCGGAGCCAUGGAGCCAGGUGGGAAUCGCGGCGCAGGUGUUUGCAAGAGCAUGCCCUUGGAUUUGGUGUUUAUCAUCGACAGUUCUCGAAGCGUACGGCCCUUGGAAUUCACCAAAGUGAAAACCUUUGUCUCCCGGAUCAUUGACACUCUGGACAUUGGGGCAGCUGACACACGGGUGGCCCUAGUGAACUAUGCCAGUACAGUGAAGAUUGAGUUCCAGCUGCAGACCUACUCAGAUAAGCAGUCCCUGAAACAAGCUGUAGCACGAAUCACCCCCUUGUCCACAGGCACCAUGUCGGGGCUGGCCAUUCAGACAGCAAUGGAUGAAGCCUUCACAGUGCAGGCAGGGGCUCGGGGGCCCACUUCCAACAUCCCUAAGGUGGCCAUCAUCGUGACAGAUGGGAGGCCCCAGGACCAGGUGAAUGAGGUGGCUGCACGGGCCCGGGCAUCUGGCAUUGAGCUCUAUGCUGUGGGUGUGGACAGGGCAGAUAUGGAGUCCCUCAAGAUGAUGGCCAGUGAGCCCCUGGAAGAGCAUGUGUUCUAUGUGGAGACCUACGGGGUCAUUGAGAAGCUCUCCUCUAGAUUCCAGGAAACCUUUUGUGCCCUGGACCCGUGUGCGCUAGGCACGCACCAGUGCCAGCACGUGUGCGUCAGUGAUGGGGAGGGCCGGCACCACUGCGAGUGCAGCCAAGGGUACACCUUGAACGCGGACAAGARAACGUGCACAGCUAUCGACAAGUGUGCUCUCGGCACUCAUGGGUGUGAACACUUCUGUGUGAAUGACAGGACUGGCUCUUAUCACUGUGAGUGCCACGAAGGCUACAUCUUGAAUGAAGACAGGAAGACUUGUUCAGCUCAAGACAAAUGUGCUGUUGGUGCCCAUGGCUGUCAGCACAUUUGUGUGAAUGACAGAGAUGGGUCCCAUCACUGUGAAUGUUAUGAGGGAUACACUCUGAAUGAGGAUAAGAAAACAUGUUCAGUCCAGAACAAGUGUGUUCUGGGCACUCACGGCUGCCAGCACGUGUGUGUGAGUGACGGGGCAGCCUCCUACCACUGCGACUGUUUUCCUGGCUACACACUGAACGAGGACAAGAAGACAUGUUCAGCCAUUGAAGAGGCACGGAGACUUAUUUCCACUGAAGAUGCAUGUGGGUGUGAGGCCACAUUAGCUUACCAGGAGAAGGUCAGCUCCUAUCUCCAGAGACUGAACACCAAACUUGAUGACAUUUUGCAGAAGCUGCAAGUAAAUGAAUAUGGACAAGUACAUCGUUAG